AUGUUUGCCACGUCCUCCGAGCAUGGCUCCGGUACUUUUGGAGACUCCAUGAAGGCGCGUGGUAAUAGCAUGCAAAUGGGGUCGCUUGAUGAAUUAAUGGAGAGAAAGACAACAGCGGCAGGAGCGCCGCGUGCAGUUCCAAACUCAUUUCAAUCGCCGCCAUCUUACCCUGACUUUGGCCUGAAGAUGCCGAAGAUGAAGGAUAUGGACUGGCCAGGUUUCCCAAAAUUUUCAGGCAAUAAAAUUUACGCAGGAGCUGAUACAGACUUUUUAGCGUGGGGAAAAAAUGUGCAGCGUAUCGUGGCGGCGCAGAAUGCUGCGUUUUACUCAACGAAGUUGCCGGUUUCUAAGGCAAUGGACCUUAUGUGUGAACCGAAGGCAAGCAGCAAAACAUGGAAGGAACAUAUUCAGUGGUUGGUGCACGUGGCGUAA